AUGGAGACCGAGUUCUACGCGGUACAGCAGCAGCUUGCCAAUGGCAACCCAACACAGACCCUGUUCACCACCCUCAAUGAGAAUUUUUAUGCCAGGAUCAAGAGAUCUAUCUCAAUUCUGUACUCCAUGAGCACCCUGACUGAAUUCGAAUCCUUCGUCGAUAGCACAAUCCAAAAGUUGCUUGAGAAGUUGGACGAGUUUGCCGAGGCUAGACGAGAAUGCGAUCUCGCAACUUGGCUCCAAUAUUAUGCUUUUGAUGUAAUCGGAGAAUUGACCUUUGGCAAGCGCCUCGGAUUUCUCGACCAGGGCAAAAGCGUUGGUGGUGUGAUGCUGUCACUGGAAAGAAUGGUUGACUAUGCAGGAAUGAUUGGUCAAAUACCGUGGUUGGAUAAUCUGUUGAUCAAAAAUCCAAUCAAGCGCAAGUUUGGCGGUGGUUCGACGGGAGCUGUCGCUCAAUUUGCGCGCCAAUGUCUCAAAGAGCGUCUUCAACGUCCAAAAGAGAAGGAAGGAAUCUCAUCACACCGUGACUUCCUCAAUCGCUUCCUGGAAAUCAAGAAGACGCACCCUCACGUUGUUGAUGAUCGUCAGGUCUUCUCAUGGACACUCAGCAACGUCAACGCUGGGUCAGAUACGACAGCAAUCUCACUUCGUGCAGUUGUCUACUACCUUCUUAAGAAUCCCUCGACUUUGGAAAACGUCAUGAAAGAAAUUGUGACUGCACGAGAAAGCGGAAAGAUGUCACUACCGGUGACUUGGAAUGAGAGCCAAGAGCUGCCGUACCUAGAUGCGGCUAUAAAAGAGGCGCUCAGGCUCCAUCCUGCAGUUGGGCUACUCCUAGAAAGAGUUGUUCCAAAGGAAGGCAUCCAUCUCCCUGAUGGCCCCUUCCUACCGGAAGGCACCAUAGUCGGAAUCAACCCCUGGGUUAUGCAUCGUCAUCCAGCCUUCGGCGACAACCUCGACUCCUACGUCCCUGAGCGUUGGCUUCAAGGCGAACAUGAGCCUCAAGAAAAUUACGACAUCCGAAAGGCGGAGAUGCAGGGGGCAACUUUUACGUUUGGCGCCGGUCCACGCACCUGUAUCGGCAAGAACAUCAGCCUGAUGGAGAUUUACAAGGCGAUUCCAACCAUUUUUUAUACUUACGAUAUUGAGCCAUCCAGUUAA